UUUUAUUCUCUUUUAACCUUUUUUGAGUUUCUUCUUUUCUCUCAUCUCUUUGCUUAUUAUACUCAAAGUCCCUGAAUUCGAUUCGGAUAAAACUUCAAGUCUCCAACCCAUGUGGGUCGUCUUCUUCUUCUCCACCAGCUAUUAAUACCCAAUUCCUCUCAUUUUGCCCAUCUCUGUUGAUUUUCAAUCCGAAGUUUCAAUCUUUCAAUCAAAGCUCUCAGCUUUUGAGACCAUCUCUGUUGUUUUUCCAAUCCAAAGUUUCAGUUUUUAUAUCAAAGCUCUCAACUUUGAAGCAAAACCCACAUCAUGUCUAUUGCUCUGGACAGAAAUGGGAAUAGUGGGAAUGGUAUGAUCCAACGUUCCGGGAGGUUCAUCCCUGGGAUGCCUUGUAUGUCGAUCUACGACACUAAAGGGUAUGAUCGGGAUCUUCGUUUGGAGUUGGAGGAGGACUCUAGCAGCUCAAGGUCGUCGUCGGUUGGUAAUAACAGUGAUGAGUCUAAUGGAUCAUCAGAUGGCGAGGAGGCUGAGGUUCAGAGCUCGUUUAAAGGGCCUUUGGACACCAUGGACCAGCUCGAGGAGGUUUUGCCUGUCAAGAGAGGAAUAUCCAAGUUCUACAAUGGUAAAUCAAAGUCCUUCACGAGCCUAGCAGAUGCGUCAUCUGUUUCUACUGUUAAGGAGCUUGCAAAGCCGGUCAAUCCUUACAACAAAAAGCGUAAGAAUCUGAAUUUCCGGGAUUUGAAGAAUAACGGCUGUGGCAUAAGGAGGUCAGCUAGCUCUAGUCGAGGCAUCUAUUUUGCUGGGGAGACUCUUAGCGGCUCCAACAGUGGGGAUGAUUCCAAAUCAAAUUCACCAUCACCCUUUUCUUGUCGGCCUCCUUUACAUCCCCAUCUUAAGAGAUCACCAGGUAACGGAUCAUCAGAUUCUUCUCCGCCAUCUCCUCCUGAACGAAGUGCUCCUUGGCGAUCUUUCUCACUCUCUGAUCUACAAUGUGCCGCCACUCCAACGCCUAAUAUUACUGGCUUUGAAAUUUGUAGUGGGGACAUGGGCAACAAUCCGCAUUGACAAUUUAGCUUCAUGUUUCAUUUUCCUGAUUCUGGAAGAAUGCUGGUGUAAGUUAUAGUUUCAUUUGAAUCUGCAGACCAUAUCCAGUUAUCCUGAAAAUUUAAUCAGUGUUUCCACAUGUAGGCUUUAGUUGCUAUGUAAUGAUCUGAAUGACUAAUGAUGCUAUGUAUUAUACAGAAGAAUCAAAUUUUAUGUUUCUUGUUCCAAAUUUUGGAACCAUGC